CCUGUGGGCAGGGGAGGAGCAGCAGGAUUCCCCCCUUCGCAGGCAGCUGACAGGAAGCCAUUUUUGUUGUUUUACAUCUGAUGUCAAGAAAGUGCUGAUUGCCGAACAACUGGUUGCUGGGUGACAGUUGUGCCUGCAGGCAGCGGGGGACACACUGCGGGAUCAGAUGCAGGGCAUGAUGCGGACUCUCCACGAGCUGAAGCGGGUGCCAGGCCAAGCUCCACGGCUGGGGCCCCCCAAGCCCGCGCCAGCUCCCCCCCCGCCCUGCUGGGAGCGGCCUGUGGAGAACCGGGCAUCGGGCGUCUCAGAGGCAGACUCAGCCUGCUGCCUGGAGCUGAUGGAGGAGGAGUGCGCACCGCCUGCUAGUGAGAGGAGCCUGGAGUUCGACUCGGGCUAUUCAGAGGUGUCAGGGGGGACAUGGCGGGAGGAGGAGGGGUUGGUGCUGCGCAGGAACCCCCCGCCCCCCUGCCAAAGGGCACAAAGGCUCUCCACAGGGGCCUUCCUCCGCAGCAGCCUGAGCCAGACCCCUGGCCGGCAGGUCCGGCCCAAGUCCACCUCAGACGCCUGCCUGGAGCAGUGGCGGGUGCUGGAGUCGGCGGACGCGCAGGACUGGACUGUGGCACUGCUCUCACAGAGCCGCAACCGGCAGCCGCUCGUGCUGGGUGAUAAUUGUUUCGCUGACCUGGUGGAGAACUGGAUGGACCUUCCUGAGGAGAGUGCCCUGCCCCACCGGCUGGCCAAGCCCCAUGGCUUUCUGCUCAGCCUCUCGGGCAACGUGCGACGCAAGCUGGCCAGCCUAGCACGCCCCAAGGGCCCCGCCGCCCCCCAGCCUGGCCCCAAGCACCUCUCCGGUCCGGGGGGCCUGGGUGGGCGGGCACAGGGGCCCCUCUUCCACCAGUCACACGGCGACAUUGCCAAGCUCACCACAGACUGCACCCGCUUCGCUGCCCUCUUGAACAGCCGCAGCCGGCAGCCAAUCAUCUGCAACGACAUCAUCAGCUACAUUUAGCCCCGCCCCUGGCGCAUUCCUGUCCCAGCUCUGCAUUUGUACCCAGCUCUGUAAAUAAAUAAACGGCUUUUGUAUGGAA